AUGAGCCAACAAGUAGACAAGAAAGAUCAAGUGGAAGCAAUGGACAUUGUUCAAGAAGAUGAAGAAACUAAGCAAAAGCGAAUUGCAAAAGAAACUAUUACAGACAUCAAGCGCAAUUUCUCUUUAUUAGAGCGUUCAGUAGAAACUAUCGAGGCUCGAUUCACCACUCGUGUACUGAGAACACUUCCUUCUAUUCGCCGUCGUUUAACUUCUGCAAUACUUGGUCAAGUUAUUUCUGAAUAUUACGGUCCCAAUGACCAAGAUGUCAAGAACGAAUUACUAAGAUACUUGAAUGAGAGUGAUAAAGCUUCUGCAACCGAAGAAGAAAGACCCAGUGUAUUGCCUGAAGUUGAUAUGUACAUUCACUUGAAUGUCUUGAUUUUCCUUUUGGAUAAGAACGAAAUUGAACAAGGUAUCGAAUUAUCUACGAAAGCAGUGGAACGCAUAGUAUCCAUGAACCGUCGAACAAUGGAUCAACUCGCUGCCCGUAUCUACUUUUAUCAUGCGCGUUUCCAUGAAUUAACAAAUAGACUUGCUGAAAUUCGACCUAUCCAAUUAGCCGCACAUCGAACGGCUACCUUGAGACACGAUGUCGAAUCGCAAGCUACGCUACUCAACUUAUUACUUCGCAACUACUUUUAUCACAACUUGUAUGACCAGGCUGACAAGCUUGUAUCCAAGACUGUCUUCCCUGAGAAGGCUGGUAAUAACCAAGCAGCACGUUAUGCUUACUAUGUUGGACGACUCAAGGCACUUCAAUUGGAUUAUACAGCUGCUCAUACCUACCUGACACAGGCUAUUCGAAAAGCACCUCAGAAUAACAUCACAGCGGGAUUCCAGCAGACAGUCUACAAGUUCUUUAUUGUUGUUCAGCUCUUGAUGGGUGAAAUCCCUGAACGAUCUCUCUUCAGACAACCCAUUUUAAAAAAAGCACUUGCUCCUUACUUAGCCAUUACUCAAGCCGUUCGUGUUGGUGAUCUUGCCAAGUUUCAAGAAGGCUUAGGACAAUACGACGCGAUUUUCAAAAAGGACAAGACAUAUACGCUCAUUCUUCGUUUACGUCACAACGUGAUCAAGACCGGCAUUCGCAUGAUCAGUCUCUCGUAUUCCAAGAUUUCACUUCGCGACAUCUGUAUCAAGCUUCAUCUCGAUAGCGAAGAAGAUGCCGAAUUCAUUGUGUCCAAGGCCAUUCGUGACGGUGUGAUUGAUGCCUCCUUAGACCAUGCUCGAGGAUUUAUGAAGAGUAGAGAGAUCGUAGACAUUUACGGUACGAACGAGCCUCAGAACGCCUACCACCAACGCAUCAACUUUUGCUUGAACCUUCAUAAUGAAGCAGUCAAGGCCAUGCGUUUCCCUAUGGAUGCUCAUCGUAAGGAGUUGGCUAGCGCUGAGGAAGCAAGAGAAAGGGAGAGAGAAUUGGCACAAGAGAUUGCAGAAGGAGAUUUAGAUGAGGAUGAUGACAUGCCAGAUUUUUAA